UAUACUCGGUACACAUACCGAUAGUAGUAAGUGUAAUUACUAAUCUCAGAGCAUUAAAGAUUGGGGAUCAUAUGAUUAGAAACAAAUAGGUUAGAGACAAAAUACCAUGCUGUAUGAAGCGAUAGCCGAUUUCGAGCCGGAAGGGCCACAGGAAAUACGUAUUCAAGUUGGAGACAAAUUUCGAAAAGUCAAAGAUGUUGGAAAUGGUUGGGUUAUUGGGACUAACAAUAGCACCAACGAGACAGGCGUUUUCCCAGCAUCCUACGUGCAGAAGGUGGAAACGUUCACCACCAAUAUCAUACGCAGAUUAACAAAGGCGAAAUCUCGAAGAAAUCAGGAACGUUCAGAUGUUGACAACGGUCAGAUCGACAGACCCACCCUGGAACCGGAUGUGGCUGCGAUACCAAUGAGGGAUUUAAAGCCUGGUAUGGAAACUGAUUCUGAAAUAGACGAUUCUGACAGACCCGACGACACAGAUAAUGACAUGGUUAUUGAGCAAGAGGAUGACUUCAGUGACCAUGGCGAUGACAAAACGGAAGAGGCAAGAGAAAAACGGUUAGACCAAAUAAAAAAUUUUGCUGAUCAAUUAUUUUCAAGUGACAGAAAUCAAUUUACUUGGCAAAAAUCAGUUUUUGGGGCUGCUAUGGGGAUAUUAUCUGGCGUUGGACUGUUCUUCCUCCUAGCCUACGGAUACAGCAUUGCUCUCGAUAUAGCCGGAUAUGCAACCCUUGGUUGUACAUUAUUAUUCUGUAUUGGCCUGGCUUCGUCUGUUCAUUGCCGGUGCAUAGGCCUUCUAAUGGUGCCAAGCUUAGCCUCGGCUCGCGGCCGAGCUCUUCUCUUAACAAUCAUCAUCAGUAUCCUUUUAUCGGGGCCUAUUCAAAACAUCUCCAACAAUGCCAAAGAGGUGUCUGCAGCCAUGGCCUGCAGCAUGGGUGUAAUCUACAACCAAAGCGAGUCAUUGAAAAACCAACUUCAGGAGCCUAUCAAUCAGGCCGCUGACCAGAUCGAAGAAAACACGAAAGGACUACGGGAUAUCGGAAAUGCAAUAGAGAGUGCGUUUGGACCAAUUGCCAGCGCAAUCAACGCCAUUGACAGCGGUGCACAGGACGCCAAAGCGGUUCUGAAUGCCGCAUCAGUUGAAUGUAAACGACUUUUCACUGACGCCUACACUUCCUGUGUAAGUGAAAUAAGCAACGCAAAAACCAAAUGUGUGAGCACCUUGGGGUCUCUGGGACUAAAACGAAAACGGCGUGACACAGCCAACCAACUUAAAGAAUUCAUGUUAGAACAUAAACAUGUUACCCUGGCCCUACUGAUGAAGGGCGAACACCACAGAUUCAAGAGAGGAUUGACUGAUGUAUGCAAUAUUCUGGACGUAACUGGUGUAUGUGAGGUGGUUAAUAUUGGAUCAGUUGCCUGUUCCCCCGUGGAAGCUCUAGAUUCUGCCGCCAAUGCUAUCGCUAGAGAAGUCGAAAAGGGAGUACAGGAAAUAGAAAGUUGGUUUGCAUUUGAUGUUAUCAAAGAAUUGGGACUAUCAGGGCUGGCUAAUGCCACAAAAACCCCACGCGAGUUUAUAGAUGAAGUGGAUUCAAGUUUGAACAAUAAUAUCGACUGGGUACAAUUCGGAGUGACGUUGUUGACAAAUUUGCUGGCUCUUUCCUUGGUUCUUCUUUUCAUUCAGUCUUUUGUGUACUUAAAGUACUACAUUUCUCGUGACGAGUACAACAAUAUAUACAUCACAUCAGCUUUCAAGGCGUUCGAUAAAGAGCGAGAAACCAAAGGAGAGUCAUUCAUCUUGCCGCUGAGGAAACGAGAGAAAAGAAUGUACACGGACACCAAAUCUUUAAAGAUGUCACCAGCCGAACUUCGAUCUAGUACAGUGGGAAUAAUACAGGUUAUUCUCCACAUGAUAUUCGCUUUCCUCAUCGUGUUCUUCGACUAUAUCCUCUACUACUGUGUAUACCUUAUCAAUCGCUACGGUCGAGUGAACAUCGAACUGACAGGGCAAAGUAGCAUUCUGCUACAAAUCACUGGCACAGGAGAAAUUGCCAAGGUGAUGCGAUCAUUUAUAACUGGGAUAAAUCUUUAUAAUGUUUACGAUGCAGAUUUCAACGUCACUAGUUGUCUCCCUAACCCUGCCGAACCAAAUUUUAAUCUCUUCUACGCUUACGCUGUGGUGUAUUCCUUGGCAAUAAUAGCCGUUUUGUCCCAGUCCUACAGUCUUCGUCUCAGAAGGAAGAUAUGUGCCUACUACUAUCCAGAACAGGAAGUUGAGAGGACUAUUUAUCUGCACCGGAAGAUACGUCAUGACCGCAAGACUCACCAACUGCAACUCAAACAGCAUCUGCGCAGUAUGAAGAAGGAAAGACGUAUGACCCAAAAAAGCAACAGCAAGACACCAUUUGCAGGAAUAUUUGGAAAAAAGAAAACAGAAUCGCGAAUCUGUCUCAACUGUGGAUCGAACGAAGGACCAAAUCUUAAGAUAGUAACUUGCACCAAUCCAACUUGUUCGGCAGAUUAUUGUGAAACGUGUAUGCAAGAAAUCGGAGAAAAAUGUCACCUUUGUGGAGGAGAGGUGAAUUCAAAACCAGACAUUGACUGUUGAAACAAAUGUGCCAAGAGAACCAUAGUUAUACAUAGGGAAGUAAAUGUAUCAUCCAUUGACCAAUUAUAACAUUGCUACAUGCUGAAUACCGUUAAAUAGAAACUCCAGGAGAAAUCAUCAUGGUCUCUCGACUUCUUUGAGUAUGGUCAAAUUCUUCGACAGUUUGCUAUUAAAGGCACUUGGAACAUUUAUCAACAUUUCGUAAUAUAUUUUAUCAUAUCCAUCCUUCGUGUGAAAUAGCCUAGAUAUUGUAUCAUAUCCAUCCUUCAGGUAACAUAGCUUAGAUAUUGUAUCAUAUCCAUCCUUCAGAUAACAUAGCCUAGAUAUUGUAUCAUAUCCAUCCUUCAGGUAACAUAGCCUAGAUAUUGUAUCAUAUCCAUCCUUCAGGUAACAUGGCUUAGAUAUUGUAUCAUAUCCAUCCUUCAUGUGACAUAGCUUAGAUAUUGUAUCAUAUCCAUCCUUCAGAUAACAUAGCCUAGAUAUUGUAUCAUAUCCAUCCUUCAGGUAACAUAGCCUAGAUAUUGUAUCAUAUCCAUCCUUCAGGUAACAUGGCUUAGAUAUUGUAUCAUAUCCAUCCUUCAUGUGACAUAGCCUAGAUAUUGUACCAUAUCCAUCCUUCAGGUAACAUAGCCUAGAUAUUGUAUCAUAUCCAUCCUUCAGGUAACAUGGCUUAGAUAUUGUAUCAUAUCCAUCCUUCAUGUGACAUAGCUUAGAUAUUGUACCAUAUCCAUCCUUCAGGUAACAUGGCUUAGAUAUUGUAUCAUAUCCAUCCUUCAUGUGACAUAGCUUAGAUAUUGUAUCAUAUCCAUCCUUCAUGUGACAUAGCUUAGAUAUUGUAUCAUAUCCAUCCUUUAGGUAACAUAGUCUAGAUAUUGUAUCAUUUCUAUCAUUCAGGUAGCAUAGCCAAGAACAAACCCAAUAAAACUGUAUACAUUCAGAUAAGAUAGCCAGGUGUACAGUAGUCACAUACUUAGCAAACGUUUGUGUAUACAAGAGGCAGGAACAUGAAUGUAAAUGUGUAAAUGUAUCAUCAAUAUUAACUGACUUGUACUCAAGUAUAAUUUUCAAAUAAAAUACACCACAUCAAAUUU